AUGGAUAACGCCAGAGAUAACACUAUCCCAUCAAAGCGGAAGCGUGGUAGGCCUCGAAGGUAUUCCACAUCUGAAGCCAAGGCUGCGGCGGAUGUAAAGCGGAGACGGGCGAGACGGCAGAAUGCGGCCCCCGUGCAACGCGAUACGGUACACGCCGACUCUCACAGCCUAGUUUUCCCUCUGAUUCCUGUACCGUCAAGAGGAGGCGCCGGAUGGGUGAACGUAUUCAGCGACUCCUAUAACCCGGCCAAUCUCACCGAUACACCGGAGCCAGACAAGACGGACAUCUCUCAGUUCCUACCCCCAGUCGAUCCUCAACCAUUACAAGACAUAGAAGAGGAUGUUAUGACCGAUGUUGGGACUCUCGCAGAGGUUGUAGAUGCGGUGUCUAGCCCAAGACACGAGAGCCCGGGCGUGGGCCAGGCUGUUACUUUCGAUACGACCUCGGAGAUAUCACCACAAAUGGAGAACAGCGAGCCGGAUCCAGUUGGGCACCUCGCACAAGAGCUGGCAGAACAACUUGUGAAAUUCCAAGGGUGCUGCAACGACUGCCAUAGAGCAGCACAACGCAACCACAUGGAAGAUCCCAACGAACAUAUCAGCCUCGCCAUGUACCUGGAGUUCACACCCGAAUUAGGUCCUGACGUCCUUAGCAAGGAGGCUAUCGCACACCAGAAAGAUGACCUGGCCGGAAAAAUGAGCCCUGAAUCCAGAAGACAGGCCUUUUGUGGUCUUGACUCUAGAGCCGAGAUACCCCACAUUUGCUUAGAUGAAGAUGAGAGGGUUUCGAACGAUGCCGGGGUUACCUUCGAUGUGGAUAGCGUCGUGGCCUUCCCGAGUAACCUUGCCGUCGCUAAGCAAGGUAUUCGCUGGUCUCCUACUCGGAUGACUGUAUCUGAUCUUCAGUCUGAUCUUCACCUCCGAUCAAACCCAGUCACAUAUCUCGAUGCGAAUGGAAAGCAACAUCAGGUCCACCGGCCCGUACACCAAAUUCCUCACUAUACCUUCGGUCGCGUUGUUGGGUUUGAAGACAUAUCCUUAUAUCUUCUGUUCCCCAACCUGUACCGAGAAGAGCAGAAGUGUAGUAAGCUCAGGGAUGAAGACUUUCGGCUGUGGAUGGAUGGCAUUCUCCUCCCUGCGAUAUACCAAUGCUACAGCACGGCCCAUGUCCAGCACUAUCCAUCGAGCUAUGACCACAGUCGUUGUAAUUCCACCGCUCGUGGAGUAGAGGCCCUUUCUCAACGUGUUCAUCCGGUGGCACGGGAACAACAAUUGGUGUACUUUCUACCACCGGAGGCGCUGGCAGAUGUGUGGGCCAAUAUCCUCGCCACCGUUCAAGAGCCAGGAUUCCGGCAGUUCCAGGACGUUUCCAUUCUUCUUCAAGCAAAGAACUUAAAAGUUCUCACAAAGGAUAUCACCUGGGAGAAAAUGGUAUCGCGAUUUCAAACGUAUUGGGCCAGCGCUAUUGAUGAGAGCUACACCACAACAGACGUCUACUUUGAUGUUGGGAAAGUCAGCAGUGGGUCCGCUGGCGACCAAGAGACCCAAAAGCAGGUCUUUUAUCCGUUCAGUAUGCUUCGAGACACUGGAAGCUUGACCAUCGAGACCGGGAAGCGUUCUCUACGCCGCGCUGCUGGCCUUCUCUACUCUCAAUUUUACCCCAGUGUCAAGGAAGUCUUUGCAGCGGGGAAUGUAUAUCCAUUCAAAAACACAGCCAUCGAGACGCUUGCCCUAGACAAGAAGCUAAGAAAGACAUGGGAGCUCGUUGGAGGUGGUCUCAGCCACCAGCCGGCCGCGUUGAUCAAGGCAUACCUAUACACAAAGCUUCGAUGCCAUUACGCCUUACUGGGAUCCAUGCAGAAAUCCUUUGGCAUCAGAGAGGAACAUCGUGUUUCUGAGGCAUUAUUCUACGCUGUUGAUAGCCAGAUGAGAUCCCGAGAGCUCCAUGACAGGCGCCUUGUCAUACCUACCGACGACAGCUCCCCUUACUAUAGCUUCACAACUGACACUCUACUUCGAUGGGUGCGUUGGAACAUCAACAAGUUUUGCUUGGGGUUCGAGAUGGUAUACAGCUUCCAAGACCCCCACUUUGUGACCUGGGAACACACAAGAAUCAUGCUCAUGUUUCUUCGCUGUCUCCAGUUUUCGUAUACAGGCGGGUUGAUACAGAAGGUCGGCGGCUGCUGGCGAGACGUACGACAUCAACCCGAUGCACGUCAGCCAAACGGACUCCGCCGCUACGAAGGCCUUGGAUUCAGGCGUACUAUGGAGAUGUACGGCUAUGCUUGGUUUCUCGACAAGAUCGACUGGAAUACGCUCACUUUCCGCCAACCCCAUGCUGCCUACAUGAUGUUCAACAACCCAUCCAUGCAGACCGUUUACCGCGCUCGGUACCACCAAGUCCGAGAUGUACGAAUCGACUUUAUCCGAGUGAACAAGGCUUACCAAUGGAUGCUCGAGUUCAGUGCCAUUCCCACGUGCCUCGACCUCGUUGAGAGGUACCUUCGAGAACUAUGCCUGUGUGCCUUCCGCAAGGACGUCUUCUUUCACGUCAAGUCGGCUCUAAAACCGGAAUGUAUGGAGGCUGCAUUGUCAGGAGUGAUUCCCCUCUGCUAUGACAGUGUCAAUGAUGCCAUGCUCGAAGAGUACCAGCCACUUCAGCUUGCACAUGGAAACCGUUUGGCGGUAAAGGAUAUUCAUGUCUUAUUUGCUUGGCUCUGGAAAUCGACAGAUGAUCACUUUGAGCGGCAGGGGUGGAGCGAGAAGCCAUAUCGCAUGCUGUUCCAACAGAGCUUCCAUGCCGUCAAAACCGCACGAGCUAUAUGCCUUAUGUCAUACAACCCGAGCAGGAGUUGA